UACUCCUUCCUGUUCAGGCCUGGAAGAAACGCUGGUUUAUCCUGCGGAGUGGCCGGAUGAGUGGUGACCCAGAUGUUCUGGAAUACUACAAGAAUGAUCACUCCAAGAAGCCCCUGCGGAUCAUCAACCUGAACUUCUGUGAGCAGGUGGAUGCAGGCCUGACCUUCAACAAGAAGGAGCUGCAGGAUAGUUUUGUGUUUGACAUCAAGACCAGCGAGCGCACCUUUUACCUGGUGGCUGAGACAGAGGAGGACAUGAAUAAGUGGGUCCAGAGCAUCUGCCAGAUCUGUGGCUUCAAUCAGGCUGAGGAGAGCACAGACUCCCUGAGAAACAUUUCCUCAGCCAGUCAUGGCCCCCGCUCUUCUCCAGCUGAGCUCAGCAGCUCCAAUCAGCACCUUCUCCGAGAACGAAAAUCCUCAGCCCCAUCGCACUCCAGCCAGCCAACCUUGUUCACAUUUGAGCCCCCUGUGUCAAACCACAUGCAGCCCACCUUGUCCACCAGUGCACCUCAGGAGUAUCUCUACUUGCACCAGUGCAUAAGCCGGAGAGCAGAAAAUGCAAGGAGUGCCAGCUUCUCUCAGGGCACCAGGGCCUCGUUUCUCAUGAGGAGCGACACAGCCGUACAGAAACUUGCCCAGGGCAAUGGACACUGUGUCAACGGGGUCAGUGGUCAAGUCCAUGGCUUCUACAGCCUCCCCAAGCCAAGCCGGCACAAUACAGAAUUCAGAGACAGUACCUACGACCUGCCCCGGAGCCUGGCCUCCCAUGGCCACACCAAGGGCAGCCUCACAGGCUCUGAGACAGAUAACGAGGAUGUGUACACCUUCAAGACGCCCAGCAACACCCUAUGCCGGGAGUUCGGGGACCUCCUGGUGGAUAAUAUGGACGUUCCAGGCACCCCACUCUCAGCCUACCAGAUCCCUAGGACAUUCACACUGGACAAGAACCACAAUGCCAUGGCAGUGGCCACUCCUGGGGACUCAGCCAUAGCUCCCCCACCCCGGCCCCCCAAGCCAAGUCAGGCAGAAACACCUCGAUGGGGCAGCCCUCAGCAGAGACCUCCAAUCGGUGAAAGUGGCAGAUCGGUCUCAGCCGCGGCCACCAUCCCCAGGCGCAAUACUCUCCCUGCAAUGGACAACAGCCGACUUCACCGAGCGUCUUCCUGUGAGUCCUACGAGUACCCCCAACGUGGUGGAGAGAGUGCAGGCCGGUCUGCUGAGUCCAUGAGUGAUGCGGUCGGCUCUUUCCUGCCAGGGAAAACAAUUGUGAGCCGAUCAGAUAGCACCAACUCUGAAGACAACUACGUGCCCAUGAAUCCAGGUUCCUCCACCCUGCUGGCCAUGGAGCGAGCAGGUGAUAAUGCUCAGAGUGUCUACAUCCCCAUGAGCCCAGGGCCCCAUCACUUUGACCCGCUUGGCUACCCCUCCACAGCCCUUCCUAUGCACCGAGGCCCCAGCCGAGGGAGUGAGAUCCAGCCACCCCCUGUCAACCGCAACCUCAAACCUGACCGGAAAGCAAAACCAACACCACUUGACCUAAGAAACAACACCGUCAUCGAUGAGCUCCCCUUCAAAUCACCUGUCACCAAGUCUUGGUCUCGGGCCAUCCACACCUUCAACUCUAGCUCCUCCCAGUACUGCCGCCCCAUCUCCACACAGAGCAUCACCAGCACGGACUCGGGAGACAGCGAAGAGAACUACGUCCCUAUGCAAAACCCAGUGUCUGCAUCUCCCAUUCCCAGUGGCACCAACAGCCCAGCCCCUAAGAAGAGCACCGGCAGCGUCGAUUAUCUGGCCCUGGACUUUCAGCCGAGCUCCCCAAGCCCCCACCGCAAGCCAUCCACAUCAUCUGUCACUUCCGAUGAGAAGGUGGACUACGUUCAAGUGGACAAGGAGAAGACCCAGGCCCUGCAGAACACCAUGCAGGAGUGGACAGAUGUGCGGCAGUCCUCGGAGCCUUCCAAGGGCGCUAAGCUGUGACUCCGGGGCCACCAAGCCUGGGGAGGGGCCAGGAGGCAGCAUCUCCAGAGCUGGCUCCUCCUUGUCUGUCUCUCUUUCUCCUCUCCCAUUGCCUCCUCCCACCCCUCCCCCUCCACUCUGCCACUCUGGCCUUCAAAGCACUUGACAUCAGGGACCCUGAACCCUUCCCCUGGGAGGUGAGGGCCUGAUCGAGGCACUUCCUCUGCCCACUCGGGGCCCACCUUUGAUUUUUAUCAGCAAUGGCCAUGCCUCUACCCACCUUAGUUAGAGCUAUUGCCAAAAAGCAUCCUUCAGCCUCUUCCUGCCCUUUAGACCUGAAUAUCUACCAGAUGUUUGGAGGGAGGGGCUGGGGCUCUGAGCCAGAUUCUACACCUCACAUUCGGUCACAGCCCUCAGCCUUCUUCCCUCCCGCUACUGGGCUACCUCUCCUUCAGUCUCGGAAGAAGCCAAGUUGCCUCGCUCACCCAGGGAGCCAAGGACCAGCAGACCAAAGUGGACAUGGACUUCUUCAUCCCUGUCUGUCUGGGCAGGGGAGAGGCAAGGCCACCAAAAGAUGGAGGAGUCGAGAAGGAAGGUUAGAGGUGGUCUUGAGGGACAAAGGAAUUAGGUUGCAGAUGCAGAAGGGCAGCUGAUACCUGUAGGGUCCCCCACUUUCAGGCCAAGUGGCAGUGCAGCUGUUGCCAGGGUGGAAGAGGCAGAAGGAUGAGGACAAAAGGAAGGGAAAACUGAGGAUGGUGGGUGACCAAGAUCAAGAAGGUGCAGGGCUCAGAGCCCAGGAGAUGGGGUGACAAGGACACUGCAGGGUUGGGCCCCCAGAACUGUGGAGCUGCAGGCCCACUGCUGCUGUGACAGCAUGCAGUCUUCCUCAAGUCUCCGCCCACCUGAGAGAGCCACACUGGAGAGGGCUGGACCGUGCUGGGCAAUGCAGCGUGCAGUGUGGGAGUGCCAGCAUGGUCAGGGGAGGCUGGCGGGAAAGCAAUGCAGGGUGCAGGACGUGGGAGGGAGGGAGCAUGGGGUGGACUGGAGGUGAUGCAGGGACUGAGGGCAACCCUGGGACACGAAUGGGCUGGGCAGAGGCCCAGGGCAAUGCACGGAUACUGCAGAGGGGAUGGUUCAGCAACGGAGUUUCUGCAAGGUGGGGAGGCGCAGAGGUAACUGAUGGGAUGAGAGGCAGGGGUGAAGGCUGUGGGGGAACAGUGUAGCAAGCGGGGAAA